AUGGACGCAGCGGGAGGUGUGAAAGGGAGGGAUGGCGUGGAGAAGAAGGGAGAGGGGAACGGGAACGGGAGCGGGAACGGCGGCGACGGCGACGCCGGGAAGAAGGUGCCGUUCACGGGGCUGUUCCGGUACGCCGACGGCACGGACGUGCUGCUCAUGCUCCUCGGCACGGUGGGGGCGCUGGCCAACGGCGUCUCGCAGCCCGUCAUGACGGUCAUCUUCGGCCAGGUCAUCAACGCCUUCGGCGACGCCACCACCGACAACGUCCUCCACCGCGUCAACCAGGCAGUUCUGAACUUUGUCUACCUAGGCAUUGCAACAGCUGUUGUUUCCUUUCUUCAGGUGUCAUGCUGGACAAUGACAGGAGAAAGGCAGGCAACACGCAUUCGAUCUCUGUACCUCAAAUCUGUCUUGAGACAAGAAAUAGCAUUAUUUGAUGUAGAAAUGACAACUGGACAGAUAGUUUCGAGGAUGUCUGGUGAUACCGUGUUAGUUCAGGAUGCCAUUGGUGAGAAGGUCGGCAAGUUUCAACAGCUUGUGGCAACCUUCAUUGGCCGUUUCGUGAUAGCAUUCGUAAAAGGAUGGCUUCUAUCUCUUGUCAUGUUGGCAUGCAGACCUCCAGUUGUCAUUGCUGGUGGAGUUGUCUCAAAAAUGCUUGCUAAAAUAUCUACCAAGGGGAAAGCAUCAUACAGUGAUGCAGGCAAUAUUGUUGAACAGACACUUGGGGCUAUAAAAACAGUAGUUUCCUUCAACGGAGAGAACAAAGCCAUUGCAAUGUACAAAAAAUUCAUAAAGAAAGCAUACAGGACUGAUAUUUUGGAAGGCCUUAUCAAUGGUUUUGGCAUGGGAUCUGUCUUCUGCAUCUUGUUCUCUAGCUAUGGCCUAGCUUUUUGGUACGGUGGAAAGCUAAUUGUUGACAAAGGCUACACUGGUGGGAAAAUUAUCACAGUUUUGUUCGCAGUGUUAACCGGCGCAACUUCUUUAGGUAAUGCAACACCCUCUGUUUCUGCAAUUGCGGAGGGUCAAUCUGCAGCAUACAGAUUGUUUGAAACAAUUGAGAGGAAGCCAGUGAUAGAUUCAGGUGAUACCAGUGGUGUGGUUUUAGAAGAUAUGAAGGGUGAUGUUGAACUAAAAGAUGUUCACUUUCGCUACCCUGCAAGACUUGAUCAAUUGAUAUUAGAUGGAUUGUCAUUGCAAGUAGCCAGUGGGACCACAAUGGCCAUAGUUGGAGAGAGUGGAAGUGGCAAGUCAACUGUCAUCAGCCUAGUUGAACGAUUCUAUGAUCCACAGGCUGGUGAAGUUUUGAUAGACGGCAUUAAUAUCAAGAAUCUAAGGCUUAGUUGGAUAAGAGAAAAGAUCGGUCUCGUCAGUCAAGAACCAUUGCUCUUCAUGACCUCCAUUAAAGAUAACAUAAUGUAUGGUAAAGAAGACGCAACACUUGAAGAAAUCAAGCGAGCAGCUGAACUUGCAAAUGCAGCAAAUUUCGUUGAUAAGUUACCAAAUGGAUAUGAUACAUUGGUUGGGCAACGUGGUGCACAGCUUUCUGGAGGACAAAAGCAAAGAAUUGCAAUUGCAAGAGCCAUCCUUAAAGGUCCAAAAAUACUAUUGCUUGAUGAAGCAACAAGUGCACUGGACACGGAAUCUGAGCGGAUAGUUCAAGAGGCACUGAAUAGGAUAAUGGUGGAAAGAACCACACUCAUUGUCGCUCAUCGUCUGAGCACUGUAAGGAAUGUUGACUGCAUAACUGUCGUUCGACAUGGGAAAAUAGUUGAACAAGGUCCUCAUGAUGCACUGGUGAAGGAUCCUAAUGGGGCUUACUCCCAGCUUAUAAGGUUACAAGAGACUCGUGCCGAUGGAAGGAAUAAAAUAGCAGACUCUGGGGUGUCAGAUUCUAGAUCAAAAAGCACCAGUUUGUCACUUAGACGGUCAAUCAAUAAAGAUUCUUUUGGUAAUAGCAACAGAUAUUCCUUCAAGAACCCCAUAGGAUUGUCAGUUGAGUUGCAUGAAGAUCAGAUCACAGGUGAACAGAAAACAGAAGAGCUCUCUGAUGUUGUGGUGCUUAAGAAAGCACCAAUUGGGCGUCUUUUUAAGCUUAAUGUGCCAGAAGUGCCAAUUCUUCUGUUAGGCUCUAUAGCAGCAACAGUGCAUGGAGUUAUUUUCCCAUUAUUCGGUAUAUUAAUGUCUGGUGUUAUAAAAUCGUUCUAUGAACCACCAGAUAAGCUCAGAAAGGAUACUAGCUUUUGGGCAUUGAUAUCUGUCGUUCUGGGAGUUGCAAGUUUGAUUUCAAUUCCAGCAGAAUAUUUUUUGUUCGCGGUUGCUGGAGGAAAGCUUAUAGAGCGUAUUCGUACUUUGUCAUUUCAAAGCAUUGUGCACCAAGAAGUUGCUUGGUUUGAUAAUGCCUCAAAUUCCAGUGGGGCACUUGGUACAAGGCUCUCAGUUGAUGCAUUAAAUGUCCGGCGCUUAGCAGGAGAUAACUUGGCCCUUAUAGUGCAGUCUAUAGCUUCAUUAACAACUGGAUUUGUCAUAGCUUUUGCGGCAGACUGGAGGCUUGCACUGAUCAUCACAUGUGUGAUUCCUUUGGUGGGUGCACAGGGUUAUGCUCAAGUGAAGUUCUUGAAGGGGUUUAGUGAAGAUGCUAAGGAGAUGUAUGAAGAUGCAAGUCAAGUUGCAACAGAUGCUGUGGGUAGUAUCAGAACUGUAGCAUCUUUCUGUGCCGAGAAAAGAGUAGUCACAACAUACAAUGAGAAAUGUGAAGCUCUUAGGAAACAGGGAAUUCGAAGUGGAAUUGUUGGAGGACUUGGCUAUGGCUUCUCGUUCUUAAUUUUGUAUUUCACGUAUGGCCUUUGUUUCUAUGUUGGUGCACAGUUUGUACGUCAAGGAAAAACUACAUUCCCAGAUGUUUUUAGGGUUUUCUUUGCCUUGGUUUUGGCAGCUGUUGGGGUUUCACAGGCGAGUGCACUGGCCUCAGAUGCAACCAAGGCAAGGGCUUCAGCUAUUUCCAUUUUCAGUAUUCUGGAUAGGAAGUCAAAAAUUGACUCAAGCAGUGACGAUGGGAUGACACUGGAGAAUGUCACUGGCAACAUCAAUUUCAACAAUGUCAGUUUCAAAUACCCUUCACGCCCUGAUGUCCAGAUAUUCAGUGACUUUACCUUGCAGAUUUCUUCCGGAAAGACAGUGGCACUUGUUGGAGAGAGUGGUAGUGGCAAGUCCACAAUAAUUGCUUUACUGGAGCGUUUCUAUGACCCUGAUUCUGGUAGAAUCUCACUAGAUGGUGUUGAAACUAAGAGUUUAAAAGUAAGCUGGCUAAGGGAUCAAAUGGGGCUAGUAGGCCAGGAGCCACUGCUUUUCAAUGACACAAUUCGUGCCAACAUAACAUAUGGGAAACAUGGUGAUGUAACAGAGGAAGAGGUCAUGGCUGUAGCCAAGGCAGCCAAGGCCCAUGAGUUCAUAUCAAGCCUGCCUGAAGGAUAUGACACAGUGGUAGGCGAGAAAGGAAUUCAGCUGUCUGGUGGGCAGAAACAACGGGUAGCUAUUGCAAGGGCCAUAAUCAAGGAUCCUAAGAUACUACUCCUUGAUGAGGCAACCAGUGCCCUUGAUGCUGAAUCAGAGCGCAUUGUUCAAGACGCAUUGGACAGAGUCAUGGUCAGCCGCACCACCAUUGUGGUAGCACACCGCCUUUCCACGAUCAAAGGGGCUGACAUGAUUGCAGUCCUCAAGGAAGGCAAGGUUGUACAGAAGGGGAGGCAUGAAGCACUAAUGCGCAUCAAGGGUGGAGCCUAUGCUUCACUAGUAGAGCUCCGCUCGAAAUCUGAAUAG